AUGGUCGACUGCCCAAUCUGCUCCAAGCCAGUCCCCGAACGCGACAUCAAUGAGCACAUUGACUCCAACUGCGAGAAGUUUGUCAUUGACCCGAAUGCCGCCACGCAGAAGCCGCCCAGCAGCUCCGUCGCCACCUUUUUCCAAACACCUGCUGCCAAGCGCGCAGCAAGCUCCUCUACCCAGCAUGUAGCUUCCACUCCCUCCUCGCCAAUUCCUUCGCGAACUGCGCAAUCAAAGAAUGCUCCAUUGUCCUUGUCAAAUGGAACCAAACGCCCGCUUGAGACAGAUCUGGCACCCGCGCCUGCCGAAGGAUCAUCUGCCGAGGGACCAUCCCCGCCGUCGCCCAAAAGAGCCAAACCGAGCGCUUUCCAGAAAGUCGCACCACUCGCUGAGCGAAUGAGGCCAAGGACAUUAGACGAGGUCUGCGGGCAAGAGCUCGUCGGAGAAAACGGAGUGAUAAGAGGAUUGAUCGAGCAGGACAGAGUGCCGUCAAUGAUCCUCUGGGGAGGACCGGGUACUGGCAAGACGACAAUUGCGAGGCUGAUUGCCCAUACGGCUGGGUGCCGGUUCGUGGAGAUCAACAGCACCAGUAGCGGGGUGGCUGAGUGUAAGAAACUGUUCGCAGAGGCAAGAAACGAGUUGGGCCUGACGGGGAGGAAAACUAUCAUCUUCUGCGAUGAGAUCCACCGAUUCAGUAAAAGUCAGCAGGACGUAUUCUUGGGUCCGGUUGAAGCUGGCCAAGUUACGUUGAUUGGCGCGACGACCGAGAACCCCAGUUUCAAAAUCGUCAACGCCCUUUUGUCAAGAUGUCGGACGUUUACUCUGGAGAAAUUGACCGAGGAUACUGUCGUCACUAUCCUACAACGGGCACUUGAUCGCGAAGGAAGUCACAAUGCCGAGUUGGUCGAUGAUGAAAUGCUUACAUAUCUCUCGGCGUUUGCGGACGGUGAUGCGCGAACGGCUUUGAAUCUACUAGAGCUGGCCAUGGAUUUGUCGAACCGGCCCAACAUGACAAAGGAAGACUUGAAGAAGUCGCUGACACAGACACUGGUUUAUGAUCGGGCCGGAGACCAGCAUUACGACACCAUUUCUGCCUUCCACAAAUCUAUUCGCGGCGGCGACCCGGACGCGGCCCUGUACUACCUAGCGAGGAUGCUCCAGUCAGGCGAAGAUCCACUGUACAUCGCUAGACGACUCAUCGUGGUUGCCUCAGAAGACAUUGGCCUAGCAGACAACAGCAUGUUGUCGCUCGCGACAGCAGCAUACACUGCUGCGGAGAAGAUUGGGAUGCCAGAAUGUCGCAUCAACCUCGCUCACGCCACCGUCGCCUUUGCCCUCUCGCCGAAAAGCACCAGGGUUUACCGUGGUCUUGGCAAUGCUAUGGCGGCGUUGAUGGAGCCUGGGGUGGCUGGGCUGCCUGUGCCUCUGCAUCUACGGAACGCGCCCACGAAGCUGAUGAAGGAAAUCGGCUAUGGCAAGGAGUACAAGUACAAUCCCGACUACGUCGACGGUCAGGUUGUCCAAGACUAUCUGCCCGAGAAGCUGUUGGGAAGAUCGUUUCUCGAAGACCGCGAUCUGGGCACUAAGGUCGACCCGGACUUGCCCGAAGGAUUUCAUGAGUACGACCUGGGAUGA